GAGAACGUGGACAAGGCGCUGCAGUUCCUCAAGGAGCAGCGCGUGCACCUGGAGAACGUGGGCUCGCACGACAUCGUGGACGGCAACCACCGCCUCACGCUGGGCCUCGUCUGGACCGUCAUCCUGCGCUUCCAGAUCCAGGACAUCAGCGUGGAGACGGAGGACAACAAGGAGAAGAAGUCGGCCAAGGACGCGCUGCUGCUCUGGUGCCAGAUGAAGACGGCGGGCUACGCCAACGUCAACGUGCACAACUUCACCACGAGCUGGCGCGACGGGCUGGCCUUCAACGCCAUCAUCCACAAGCACCGGGACCCCCGUGGGCACGCAGGGACGCGCAGCCCGCCGCAGGUGCUGGAGGCGGCGCUGGGCGCCGAGCGGCUCGUGGAGCGCUACGAGGCGCUGGCGGGCGAGCUGCUGCACUGGCUGGCGCAGACGCGCGCCGCGCUCGACGACCGCCACCUGCCCAACUCGCUGGCCGGCGUGCAGAGCCAGCUGCAUGCCUUCAACACCUACCGCACCGUGGAGAAGCCGCCCCGCUUCACCGAGAAGGGCAACCUGGAGGUGCUGCUCUUCACCAUCCGCAGCCGCAUGCGCGCCAACAACCAGAAGGCCUACGUGCCGCGCGACGGCAAGCUCCUCUCCGACAUCAACAAGGCCUGGGAGCGGCUGGAGAAAGCGGAGCACGAGCGGGAGCUGGCGCUGCGCGACGAGCUCAUCCGGCAGGAGAAGCUGGAGCAGCUGGCGGCGCGCUUCGACCGCAAGGCCGCCCUGCGCGAGACGUGGCUCGGCGAGAACCAGCGGCUCGUGGCGCAGGGCUGCUCCCCGACCGUGACCGCGCUGCCGUGCAGGUGGGAGCGUUUCCGCGCGCUGGCCGAGCAGAAGAAGGCGGCGCUCACGGCGGCGCUCAGCAUCCAGAACUACUACCUGGAGUGCAACGAGACCACGGCCUGGAUGCGCGAGAAGACCAAGGUGAUCGAGUCGACGCAGGGCCUGGGCAACGACCUGGCCGGCGUCACGGCGCUGCAGCGCAAGCUCUCGGGCAUGGAGCGCGAUCUGGAGGCCAUCGAGGGCAAGGUGCGGGAGCUGCGCRCCGAGGCCGACAGGCUGGAGGCCGAGCAGCCGGAGCAGGCGGCGCCCAUCGGCGCGCGCCGCGCCGCCAUCGAGGCCGUGUGGGCCGAGCUGUGCGGCGGCCUGCGGCGGCGCGAGGAGUCGCUGGGCGAGGCGCGCAAGCUGCAGGGCUUCCUGCGCGACCUGGCCGCGCUGCAGGGCUGGCUGGCGCGCACGCAGACCGCCGUGGCCUCCGAGGACGUGCCGGCCACGCUGGCCGAGGCCGAGCGGCUGCUGAGCCAGCACGAGAGCAUGGGCAAGGAGAUCGCGCACUACGGCGGCGACUACCGCAGCGCACGCGCCGUGGGCGCCGAGGUGACGCGGGGCCACGCGGACGCGCAGCACCUCUUCCUGCGGCAGCGCCUCGAGGCCCUCGACACCGGCUGGGAGGAGCUGGGCCAGAUGUGGGAGAACCGGCACCAGCUGCUGGCGCAGGCCUACGCCCUGCAGCUCUUCCUGCGCGACGCCAAGCAGGUCGAGGGCGUGCUCAGCACCCAGGAGUACGCGCUGACGCACACGGAGAUGCCCGGCACGCUGCCCGCCGCCGAGGCCGCCGUCAAGAAGCACGAGGACUUCAUGGCCACCAUGGAGGCCAACGGGGAACGCGUGCAGGCGCUGGUGGCCGCCGGGCGCAAGCUGGUGGCCGAGGACAGCGCCCACGCCGACAAGGCGCAGGAGACCGUGGACUCGGUGGAGAGCAGGUGAGGACGGGGGUCUGGGCGCCGCGGAGCUGGGGUGCUCGGGGAUCGGGAAUGACACGGGGUUGGGAUGCUCGGGGAUGAGGAUCUACAUAGAGCUGGGAUCCUUGGGGAUCAGGAACGACGUGGAGUUGGGAUGCUUGGGGAUCGGGAAUGACAUGGGGUUGGGAUGCUCGGGGAUGAGGAUCUACAUAGAGAGGGCCAGCAGCUGGCGGCGGAGAAGCCGGAGCUGGGCGCGGUGGUGGCGGCGAAGCUGGCGGCGCUGCGGGCGCGCUGGGACGAGCUGGAGGGCAGCACGCGGAGCCGGGCGCAGAGCCUGUUCGACGCCAACCGCGCCGAGCUGCUGGCGCAGUCGUGCGCGGCGCUGCGCGCCUGGCUGGCCGGCGUGCAGGCGCAGCUGCAGUCCGACGACUACGGCAAGGACCUCACCAGCGUCAACAUCCUGCUCAAGAAGCAACAGCUGCUGGAGAACCAGAUGGACGUGCGGGAGAAGGAGGUGGAGGCGAUCCGGGCGCAGGCGCAGGCCCUCGGCCAGGAGGACGCCAAGGCGGAGGAGCAGUUCCGCGCCGUGGAGGAGAAGUUCCGCGGGCUGCAGGCGCCGCUGCGCGAGCGCUGCUCCCGCCUCCUGGCCUCCAAGGAGCAGCACCAGUUCAACCGCGACCUGGAGGACGAGAUCCUGUGGGUGAAGGAGCGCAGACCCCUGGCCGUGUCCACCGACCACGGCAAGGACCUGCCCUCCGUGCAGCUCCUCAUCAAGAAGAACCAGACGCUGCAGAAGGAGCUGCAGGGCCACGAGCCGCGGGUGCAGGAGCUGCUGGGGCGGCGCGCGGAGCCGGGCGAGCGCGUGCAGGAGCUGCGCGACGCCUGGCGCGAGCUGCGGCUGCAGGCGGAGCGGCGCCGCGGGCGCCUCGAGCAGGCCCUCGCCGCCCAGCAGUUCUACUGCGACGCCGCCGAGGCCGAGGCCUGGAUGGGCGAGCAGGAGCUGCACAUGAUGUCCCAGGAGAAGGCCAAGGACGAGCUGAGCGCCCAGGCCAUGCUGAACAGGCACCUGGGGCUGGAGCAGGCGCUGCGGGACUACGCGCGCACUGUGCAGCAGCUGGCGGCGCAGAGCCGCGAGCUGGUGGCCAGCGGGCACCCCGAGAGCGAGCGCCUCGCGCUGCGCCAGGGCCAGGUGGCCGCGCUGUACGGCAGCGUGCAGGAGCUGGCGGCGGAGCGGCGCGCGCGCCUGCACGAGCAGCAGCGCCUCUGCCAGCUCAAGCGCGACCUCAACGACCUGGAGCAGUGGAUCUCGGAGCGCGAGGUGGUGGCCGCCUCGCACGAGCUGGGCCAGGACUACGAGCACGUCACGAUGCUGCGGGACAAAUUCCGGGAGUUCUCGCGCGACACGAGCAGCAUCGGGCAGGAGCGCGUGGAUGGCGUCAACGCGCUGGCGGACGCGCUCAUCGCCGCCGGCCACUCGGAGAACGCCACUGUGGCCGAGUGGAAGGACGGCCUCAACGAGGCCUGGGCUGACCUGCUGGAGCUCAUCGACACGCGCUCGCAGAUGCUGGCGGCCUCCUAYGAGCUGCACCGCUUCUACCACGACGCCCGCGAGACCCUCACGCAGGUGCAGCACAAGCAGAAGCAGCUGCCCGACGAGCUCGGCCGCGACCUCAACACGGCCGAGGCGCUGCAGCGCAUGCACACGGCCUUUGAGCACGACAUCCAGGCGCUGAGCACGCAGGUGCGGCAGGUGCAGGAGGACGCGGUGCGCCUGCAGAAGGCCUACGCCGGCGACAAGGCGGCCGACCUGGGGCGGCACGAGCGCGCCGUGAGCGAGGCGUGGGCCGCGCUGCGCCGCGGCACCGAGCGCCGCCGCCGCCUGCUCCUCGACACCGCCGAGCUCUUCCGCUUCUGCCGCACCGCGCGCGACCUCUCGCUCUGGAUGGACGGCGUCCGCCUGCAGAUCGAGGGCCGCGAGCGGCCGCGGGACGUGUCCUCGGCCGACCUCGCCAUCAAGACCCACCAGAGCAUCAAGGCGGAGGUGGAGGCGCGGGCCGACAGCCUGGACGCCUGC